UUCUUGCCUGUAGUCAACAAGUCCAUGCCUAUUCACAGCUCAUCGAAUGCGAGAGACCCCCGCCGUCGGAGAACUACGACAAAAGCCAGGCCGGAGCCCCCAGUCGACUGGGAGAUCAUCGAGGAACUGAUUCUUCGCCCCACUCCACGAGAAUUCCAAGUCCCCCCAGAGGUCCUCAGCUGGGAAAAUUUAUGCGGCGACGUCGUAAGCUGGCCCCGCAUCGACCAGAUCAUCGAGGGGCACGAUUCAGACCCCGAUCACGUCAAUAUUACAGGAGACGUGGCCCAGACGUACAGGGACCCAAGCCCUGGCAACGCCGCCAGAGCCACGUUCACCCAUGCUCAGGGCCCCAGCCAGGUCAACCCCGACCAGGUCGCCGAAGACCACGCGCAGGGCCCUGGACACGCCACCGUAGGAGAAGCAGCCGACUACACCGCUCCGGGUCCGAGCCCCGACGAGGGGGCAGAGGCCAUCACUAUCCCUGACGGGCUGCCAGGUGCCACCGCACGCGGAUACCGCCAGCAAUUCGAGCCGACGGAGUUCGAAAAAGAGGUGCUCCGCUGGGAAGAGCCACCGCUUCCGGCACUCUUCGGGGCCCUUGAUACGCUCAACCUUCUCGAACGGAUAGACGGGUUGGACAUCGCCCCCGAAGAUGCAGGACUACCGGCCGUCAGCAACUUUGACGCCAUCCUGCGCCCCGAAGACAUCGCCACCGAAGACGCAGAGCUACCGGACGCCUGCGAUCUGGACGCCAUCCUACAUCCCGAAGGCGGCCGUCCGGAGAUACCAGAAACGUCGACCCCCAACCCAGCCGUUCGUUGGGUGACUGGGGAGGCGGAUUGGAGAGUACGUACGCCCGACGGCCGGCUGCCAGACACCCUGAAAGCCCGGCUCCUGGCACAACUCGUCAACCCGCGGCGUAAAGAUGUCCGAUUCUUGGCAGAGGCGGACAACACCUUCUUCCAGGUCCACAUCAGCAAGACGAGCAAAGUGACUAUUCGCUCACGGGCCCCCGAAGUAAGGAGAGGGUGUGAGGACCCAUACUGGGACCCUCACAUAGUAACAAGAAUAAUAAUAAUAAUAUUAAUAAUUGGAUUACUCACAACCAUAUGCUAUAGUAGUAAAUAAGCUAGUUAUGUUUUGCAUAGCCGAAAUCCCGCCAAACGGCCAGCUCACACGGAACAACCGCAAAGAAGACGGCGAGGAGAGGGAGCCAUGCUCAGCCGGCAGCAGAGCGGAGCUCUUUCGGAAAAGUCCCGUUGGCCCGAAAACGAGCGCGAGGCGUGGCGAGAACGUCGAGCGACCGUAGCGAGAGAAGGAGUCGAUUCUGGGAAGUGAGCGAAGACGGAACGUCGCGGACAUCGAAGUGAAGAGAAAAAAAAAAGUGUUGAACGGCCGCGCGCCAGAGAGGAGAGAAAAGCAUGGAGGAGCUGCGGGAACACAGGCGCCGGAUCCGCGGGUGAGCUGGCCGCUGGCCAAGGUAGUAGUAGGAGUAGGAGGGAGUGCGAGGGGAACCAAUCCAAUAAAACUUCGAUCAUAGAAUUAA